AUGCUGGCGCUGCUAGGCUCUUCACGGCAGUGGUUUGCAGAUGGGACCUUCAAAGUUGCACCUGCUCUCUUCUACCAGCUGUAUACAGUUCACUGCAAGGUUAACGGCGCGGUCAUCCCUGCAGUGUAUGUUUUGAUGAGGUCUAAAACAGAAGCUGGAUACACUAAGCUGCUCUCGGUUCUAAAGAGCAAGUGUGCCGCUGCUGAUCCUUCCACCGUUCUACUGUACUUCGAACAAGCAGCUAUUAACGCAUUUAGGAGGGUGUUUCUGUCUUGUCAAGCUCUUGGCUGCUUCUUCCAUUUGUGUCAAUGCGUGUACAGGAAGUUGCAAAGCGAGGGUCUUCAAGAGUCGUAUCGGGUCGACGGCGCGUUUAACCUGAGAGCACGCAUGAUCCCCGCAAUUGCUCUCGUACCCGAAGGAGAUGUCUUUGAUGCCUUCGAGGCGUUAUCGACGAUGCCAGGAUUUCCUCCGGAGUUGCUACCGGUCUUGGAUUACUUCGAGGACACUUUCCUGGGACGUCUGACAGCCCGCGGCCGAAGGGAUCCAAGGUUUCCAGCCUCUCUCUGGAACCACCAUGCAACCGUGCUCCGUGGCGAUGCAAAAACAACGAACUCUGUGGAAGCGUGGCAUCGAGGGUUUCAGACCCACGUUCAAUGUCACCAGCCAAGCCUGUGGAAGUUCCUGGCCGUCUUGCAGAAAGAAGACGCCGUGAACCUGCACCGCCUCGAGCGUGUCAUCAUGGGGGUUCAAGAGAAAUCGGCGAAAAAAUAUAGAGACUCCGCUUCUCGGCUUCAGACGCUUGCGGCGCGCUUUGCAAGAGCGGGCAUCAUCGGCUAUCUGAAAGGUGUAGCUAACAAUGUUUCGUUUUAG